AUGUCGUAUGUGAGUUACAGAAAAUAUUUAAAAAUGCUCUUUCCUGAAGAUGUUCCUACUAUACUUCAAGAAUUUGUGCAACCCCGUACAAUAAAUCAAAAUAUGCUUGUAAAUUUGGUAAUCGAUCAAGGACCAAAGGGAGAAGCUGGGAAACUUUUUUUCGAGGAUGGAAUUGAUUUGAACGAAACAAAGGAAAUUCGAAUUGAAUUUCUUAAUAUUUUAAAAAUUGAUCAUCUUUGGGUGAUGCCAAAUCUUAUUAAAUUAAAGUUAUCUAAUAACAUAAUAGAAACAAUAGAAAAUCUAGAUACCCUUGUUCAUUUAAGAGAAUUAGAUCUUUCUUUUAAUCAUAUUAAAAUAAUGGAGAAUUUAAACAAUUUGAUAAAGUUGGAAAUAUUGCUCUUAUAUAAUAAUGAAAUUAGCAAAAUAGAAGGCAUAGAUAGUCUAUGCAAUCUUACAAUUUUUAGCAUUGGUAAUAAUGCCAUAGAAGAGUGGGACCAUGUAUUAUAUUUAAGAAAAUUCAGUAGGCUACGAAGUUUAAACAUGAAUGGAAAUCCAUGUACUAAGGAAAAUGGAUACUUGGAUUAUGUAUUUGCAUUUAUACCUCAAUUAACUUAUUAUCAAUAUAAAAUAAUAACCAACGAAGAACGAAAAACAGCUAUAGAAAAGCAUUAUCGCGCCUUAAAUAUUCUGGAAGAAACGGAAGCUAAAGAAAAAGAAAAAUUAAAUGCUCAGGAAGAAUACGAAGAAAAAUUAGCUUUUCUUACUAGUGCAUAUAUGGAAUAUCUUGAUGAAGAUUACCUUUUUGAACAAAUGUUCGCAGACGAUGAAGAGGGAAUAAAGUUAUCUAUGGUAAACGAAGAAACACAAAAUGCUUAUAAGGAAUAUAAAGAAUGUUUUUCAUUAAUAUGCCAAGAGUUUUGUGAAAUAGGUUUAAAAGAACAUGAAAAACGAACGAACGAAAUAAAUUUGUUCAAGAAUGCUGUUAACGAAGGUAAACAGGCUUCGCUGAAUCAAGGCAGGAAUAUUGUAAAUGACAUAUUGCAAAAAAAGACUGAAAUUUUAACGAGCGUUAAAAAUUUGCUACAAAAAUUAGUCGGUGACGUAAGUAAUGCAGUGCUUGAAGAAAUAACUCAAAAAGUACAACAAUUUUCCGACGAUUUUAACGAUAUGAUAACCGAUGGUUGGACAAACCUAAUGUCCCUUGAAAUGGAGCUACACGAACAGUUAGAAGAUAUAAAUGAAGUAUUCCGAUUUAAUAUUUCUGACAUGGUGGAUUCCUUUUUAACAAACAUACGGGGAUAUUUCUCACAAUUACGAAAUCGCGAAGCAGAAUAUAAUGACACUAUUAAUGGAUUAAUUUUGUAUUAUCUCAGUGGUUUUGGAGAUGAUUCAAAAGUACCAAAACAUCUGAUAAAUUUAUGUGGCGAUAAAGAUACUUUAACUGUAAGUCUUGCUAACUCCCAUGAAAAACAUUUACAAGUAAUAGAUGCUCGAGAAGAUAAAAUGUUAAAUCGAUUAAAGAAUUGGCUCGAAGAAUAUACAGAACAAUUUGCAAAAGAGGAGAAUGAACGAAACAAUGAGCAAAUAUUAGAAAUAUCACAUUUUGCGGAUUCACAGCAGAAGGAAUUUUCUUCGUUAGAACUACUGCAACAAUUAAAUUUAAAUAUUCAUGAUUCGGAGAUCAUUCAAGCUUUGGACAAUUAA